UUCCGGACCCCCGCCGUUGCCCUUUUAAGAGGCAGCCCCCAGCAGCGCUUUCCCCCGCCCCCUGUUGCCGGCGCGCGAGGCGGGGGAGCCCGGCUGGAGCGGAGAGCGCUGUCCGCGCGGCCACUGGAGACCGGGCGGCCGGCGGCCGGGCAGGCGGCGGCGGCGGCGGAUGGGGACUUGGAGUCGGGCGACUGUGGCGGCUGUGGCUGUGGCGGCAGCGAGGAAGCAACUGACCGGCCGGCGGCGGCGGCGGCGCUGGCGGCGGUGACUGGUCCAGGCCCCGGCGGCGGCUGCAGCGACGCAGUGGCGGGCUGCGGGCUGGCGGCGUGAGGAGCGGCUGCGGAGAGCCGAGCGGCCGGGAACCGAGGGCGCCGGGCCGCCCCUUGCCCAGUCCUUGCAGGCCGCCAGGCCCCCUCCAACCGGGGCCGUGGAGCACCGGGGCAAAGGCCGGGGCCCCCCCAUGAAGGAGCGCGACGCGACCCCGGCCGAGCGGGGCAAGCCGGCCACCUACACCGGGGACAAGAAGGCGAAGAUGGCGGCCAAGACCAACAAGAAGUGGGUCCGGCUCGCCACCGUGUUCGCCUACGUGCUCUCCGUGUCGCUGGCCGCCAUCGUGCUCGCCGUCUACUACAGCCUCAUCUGGCAGCCGGUGGGCGCCGGGACUUCGGGGGGAGCCGCCGGCCCGCCCCCCGGCGGCUCCAACGCCACCGGCCCGUCCGGGACUUCGGGGGCGGCGGCGGGGCCCAACAGCACGGGAUUGUCCCGCCGCGAGGCGCCGCGCGACGCGCCCCCGCUGCAGGCGGCGCGGCCCGUGUCUCCGGAACCCUCUGCCGACAGCCCCCAGGCCGGGCCGCUGGAGCAGCCGCGGGGGGCCGAGGAGGACGAGGAGGCAGCAGCGGCGGCGCCGGGGAGUCGUUGAACCCCUCGGUGGCAGGGGCGGCCGGAAACCAUCCUCCCCAAGCCCGGAGGCAGGACUUUGCAGCAGGACCGGGCGGGGAGCCCGCGGAAGUGACCCCCACGGGAGUGAACGCCUCUCUUCCUCCGAUGAUCGCCGGCUCGCCCCAGGGCCCUAAGUAUCUGGAUACCCGCCAGGGAAGAAAGGAAGGGAAAGAGCAAUGUCUCUGUGCUUCAACCCUUGGCCUUCUCACAGAGGUUAGGAAGAGCAAGCUUUUGUAAGUAGAAUGGUUCACAAGUGUUUUCUCUUUUUUUUUCCCCGCUCUUCGAGGUCAGGUCUUGUUCUGUAAUCACCUUCACCUUCCCUCUCGCCCUGAGCCUGUAGUGACAGGGUAGCCCUGUGAUUAGAAUGGAAUCCAGAGCUUUGAGCACAUCCUCUGGUUUUGAGUUGUACUGUGGAACUCGAAGGGCUGAAAGAUGGGCUUCAAGCUCAGGAUUGUGUUUUGAUAGCCAGAUAAUAGACCACCCAUGGAAAGUUAAACUGGCUAGUCUUUACCUCUCCUGAUAAGCCCUACUUAUAUGCAGCCUAUACUUUCAUUGAGAUGAGAAACAGCAAGUGAAAUGACAGAUGUAAAGCUAGCUCUGGGGCCACAAGAAUUCUACAUCCUCAAUUUGGAUUCCAUUUCCUUCUGCCACUUGCUUUUAGGCAAUUGAGUGUGGGUAGUGACAAGAUAUCAAACCCCUUCAUGUUUCCUUUUUGGGAAAUGAGGCACUUUAAAACAACGACAACAGUUUAUCCACCUGAGUCCUGAAACAAUUUGUCUCUCCAGUUUUCUGGCCUAUACUCCAGUUAGCUCUGAUCCAGGUUUACAGGACCACAGCCUCGACUUCAGCCAUGUCCUGCUGUGGGCAAGAUAAAAGCAGCUGAGCUGUCAUUGCCUAGGGGCAGGCUGGUAGCACCCCCAAGGUGUCUUGGCUGAAGGAGAUUUCCGAGCACUUGACUUUGGUCGUCAGGAAGCCUUCGAGACCUUUUUAAAUUUUUGGUGAGGGCCUGGGGGAAGAAACAUAGAAUGCCACUUUAUAACUUCAAUAAUAGCCUGUAAUUUAUAUUUAUUGUGUGAAUUUUUAGUCCUAUAUUUUAAUAAUUUGUAAAUCAAUCUCUUAUUCCAAGAAUCCUUUGAACUGGCAGGAGAACAUCUGGGAGUCCAGUCCCCUGUCCCCAUUCUGACCCCUGCAUUCUGGACUGUUGAAUCCACUUUGGGAUGGAUCGGCGUCUAGAGAGACCACUUGUGGGUUCAGCUGUUGGCCUCCAGACUCUAACGCCUUCACUGGAAUUGGGACAUCAGCUCCAGCCCCAGCUGUGAGCGUGACCAGAGACAUUAUUUAUAAUUCAGCCAUUUAAGAUAUACCUGUACUCAAAAAGUCCUGUAUAUUUUUUAAAAGUUUUAUUUUUCAGGUGAACAAAAAUACAUUCUAAGAACUCUA